GCGCAGAUGCCCCGAGUGCCGGCGGCUCGAGGUCGGCCCGCCCGUCCGGACCUGUUUCCUCCUCUGCUCUCCUGCCAACGCCUGCCCAUCUCUGUUUCCCCCACGUCCAGCACGCGCUUCGGGGACGGCCAGAGCCACCAUGCCGACUGGAGAGACUCUCCUGAUUCGGGUCCCUGUGUCCCGGGACCCGGGCGGCUACGCGCGGCGACAACCGGCGCGGUGGGACCACCGAGACGCCGGGACCUCCGCGCGGCCUAGAGUGGUCCCGGAAGUGCCCGCGGGCCGGGGGCGGGGCUCUGGGUGCUCGGCGGCCGCGGGCUCCGCGUCAGCAGCUGCUGUGGAGCCAGGCAGCGUCGGCCGCGUCGGCCGCGGGUUGGAGCAGCUCAGGUGCGGCCCCGCCCCGCCCGCCUGCGGCCCCGCCCCGGCCCAGGUGAGCUGCCCCGCCCCGGCCCAGGUGAGUGGCCCCGCGUCCGCCGGUGUGACCCGAGUCCGCCUGACCACCUGUCCCUCCGGUGGCCCUGGGUGUGCGUGUCCCCAAUCGCGGGGAAGCCUGUAGGGGCGCCACGUCGCCCCCUGGGCAGCGUGUGCGGGUCCGUGGCCACUCUUGGGCCCCCAGCCAGGAAACCUUGAUUGCACUAAGAGUUUGCAGGGUGCCCAGGCCCUAGGGACUCUCUGGAGGAUGGGAUGACAGAUGCAGGAGGACCCGGAGAAGGCCCCGACAGAGAUUGUGAGAACAGUAAGUGUGGCCCAAAGAAGAACAUUUUUAAAGAAAUACAACCAUUGGGGAUGAUAGCAGAUUCACAAUGGAGGUUCCCCCAGCAACCAAGUUUGGUGAGACCUUUGCAUUUGAGAACAGGUUAGAGUCACAACAAGGACUUUUCCCAGGGGAGGACCUGGGGGACCCUUUUCUUCAGGAAAGAGGUUUGGAGCAAAUGGCUGUGAUCUACAAGGAGAUCCCUCUUGGUGAGCAGGACGAAGAACAUGAUGAUUACGAGGGGAAUUUCAGUUUGUGCUCAAGCCCUGUUCAGCAUCAAAGUAUCCCCCCAGGAACCAGACCCCAGGAUGAUGAGCUCUUCAGACAAACCUUCGUCCAGAAAUCCGACCUCAGCAUGUGUCAGAUAAUCCACAGUGAAGAGCCCAGUCCAUGUGAUUGUGCAGAAACAGACAGAGAGGACUCAGGACCUAACGCACCUCACAAAACCCCACAACCAGCCAAGCCCUACGCAUGUCGAGAGUGUGGGAAGGCCUUCAGCCAGAGCUCGCACCUGCUCCGACACCUGGUGAUCCACACUGGGGAGAAGCCCUAUGAGUGCUGUGAGUGCGGGAAGGCUUUCAGCCAGAGCUCCCACCUGCUCAGGCACCAGAUCAUCCACACCGGGGAGAAGCCCUACGAGUGCCGGGAGUGUGGGAAGGCCUUCCGCCAGAGCUCAGCCCUCACGCAACACCAAAAGAUCCACACCGGAAAGAGGCCCUACGAGUGCAGGGAAUGCGGGAAAGAUUUCAGCCGGAGCUCCAGCCUCAGAAAACACGAGAGAAUUCAUACAGGAGAGAGACCUUAUCAGUGUAAGGAAUGUGGGAAAUCCUUCAACCAGAGCUCAGGCCUGAGCCAGCAUCGGAAGAUCCACACCCUAAAGAAACCUCACGAGUGCGAUCUCUGUGGGAAAGCCUUUUGUCACAGGUCACACCUCAUCCGACACCAGCGGAUCCACACUGGGAAGAAACCAUACAAAUGCGAUGAGUGCGGGAAGGCCUUCAGCCAGAGCUCCAACCUCAUUGAGCACCGCAAGACCCACACCGGCGAGAAGCCCUACAAGUGCCAGAAGUGCGGGAAAGCCUUCAGCCAGAGCUCCUCCCUCAUUGAGCACCAGCGCAUCCACACCGGUGAGAAGCCCUACGAGUGCUGUCAGUGUGGCAAGGCCUUUUGCCACAGCUCUGCGCUGAUCCAGCACCAGAGAAUCCACACCGGCAAGAAGCCCUACACCUGCGAGUGUGGCAAAGCCUUCCGGCACCGGUCAGCCCUCAUCGAGCACUAUAAAACCCACACCAGAGAGAAGCCCUACGUGUGCAAUCUGUGCGGCAAGUCCUUCCGGGGGAGCUCGCACCUGAUUCGCCAUCAGAAGAUUCAUUCUGGGGAGAAGCUAUAGAAAGAGGAGCCCACACAAAGCUUGAAAGCCUGUGCCAGAUGGAGCCCUUAUUCCACGUCGCGUGGUCUCCAAGACCCCACCUACCUCCCUGAUGCUGAAUGGAAACCUUCCCACCUAAGCGCUCUUGAACAUCCCACUAGCGGGAAGGCCCCGCGUGGCCCCGGGCCAGGCAUGCCAGCUCUCAGCAGGUUUUCUGCGUGGAAGGGAAAGUGGGGUGAUAGGGAGGGCAGCCGGAAAAGACAGCUGGCCUUCAGUUUCUCCUUCUUGCAUUUGACUCCCAAGCCUACAGGAUUUCAUUUUGCCCUAUCUUCACAUUUCCCAGAAUCUAGAAGAAUAAAUGCCAAGAGGGAGAAAGUUGAAUUAAACCCAGGAAAAUAUCAGAUGAACUCUUUAAAACAGGCCGCAGUCUGGCACUUUUAGAAGACAGAAACCACACUCACAGUCCAAAGCAGUAGAAGAAAAAUGAAUUCAAAAGUAGAUGUGUCAGCAGCAAAGUAGAAUUUUCUCACUGGGUUGGGCAUUGGUGGUGACAACCAAAACAGGUCUGCAGAGCAAAGGCAGGUCUGGAGGGUGGGUCUUGAGAUUGGGGGUGAGGGUGGUGAGCCCCUGGGCGUGGCCUCUUAACCCUCUCCUUAGCCCUAGGGCAGUUUCCCUCAGACAGCUCUGUUACAGGAGGAUAGAGAUUUGAUCCUGUUGGCCAGAGGAUGUUUGACACCCAGCGGUGACUCAGCCUGGACACCAGACAUGAUUGCCCUCCAGGAAUAACCCCUCCCUGAGACAUAGUGUCCCCAAGACCACAGUGUGCCUUGGACAUCAGCAGGGCCUGGGUCUGGUCUGGUCUGGCAAUGAUGCAGCCCUCCUGCCCCAGUGUCAGGGGACCUGGGAAGCUGGGUGGCUUGUUGGAGGAGGCUGUGUUCUAAUCAGAAGGUCUGGGUUCAAGUCCUAGUUCCACCCCCUCCUACCUGCUUGAGCUUGAACAAGUCCUGUAACUUCCCCAGGCUCCAUUUCCCCAUCCAAGAGUUGGGGUAAUGGGAACUGGCCACAUGCCUCUAAGGGUUGGUGCCAGGCUGUCAUUCAAAACACAGCCACUGUGAAAGUGCUUUGGCAACUGUGAGCAGUCAUGGUGACUGAGGACAGAGACCCAGAGUGACCCCUGCCCCACCCCUGUGCAUUUCCACGGACUGGAGAGAUGUUCCCGUCUGGUUUCUGAGCAGUGGGACCUCUCAUUGAACAGGGCUUUCUCUCCCUCCGCCCCUUGCAGCCUGGGCUGUGUAUGCCUGCGGAUGCAGUGUCCCACACAAGGACACUUCCUCUUGGAUGCCAUCCUGAGCCUCCUGUAGCAGCAGUGUCAUUCUGCACUUCCACAUUCUGUCUGUCUUCCCUGCCUGCCAACUAGGAGUUCACGUGGGGCUUGUUUAAACAGUACCAUUGCUUGUGUCCCACCUGGACCAGUUCAGUCAGCCCCAUUGGUGGCAUGUUUUAAAGCUCCCCAGGUGAUUAUAACUUCCUAGUGUGCAGCCAGGCUGUGGGCCCUGUGCUGGGCUUUUUUUUUGAGAUGGAGUGUUGCCCUGUUGCCAGGCUGGAAUGCAGUGGCGUGAUCUUGGCUCACUGCAAGCUCUGCCUCCUGGGUUCAAGCGAUUCCCCUGCCUCAGCCUCCUGAGUAGCUGGGACUACAGGUGCGUGCCACCAUGCCUGGCUAAUUUUUUGUAUUUUUAGUACAGACGGGGUUUCACCAUGUUGGCCAGGAUGGUCUCGAUCUCUUGACCUCGUGAUCUGCCCGCCUUGGCCUCCCAAAGUGCGGGGAUUACAGGCAUGAGCCUCCACACCUGGCCCAUGCUGGGUUUUUGUGCAUCCCUUGACAGCUUCCAAUGUCAGCCUGCUGGCUUUGGCUGAGCAGAGCUUGAAGGCCAUUCUGUCUCAGUGCCCUCACUCCCUGCUCCCCGCACCCGGAGCCUCAGGGAUGGGCUCAGGCUUAUGGUCAGCUGGGCGCUUGGAAAGUGUUUGGCUGGGGCCUCGGGGAUCUCUUUAGUCCUGGCUUCCCUUGGGCUCCUCAGAGCUAGUGGGGAAGGAGGCAGUCUAGGCUGUUUUGAAGUUUCCUAAACAUUUAUGGCUGGGCUAACAUGAACUCAUGGUAACACUGGGUAUUUCAGCUGAUCAGAAGCUCAGCAUGGCCAUUAUGCCUAGUUUUGAUGAAUAAACAUGGGAAAGCCAUAACUGUUACUAAGUGGGUCUUGAUAGGCCAGAGAUUUCCAAAUGACAGAUAUGAUGGGCUGGAGAGGUCAUGGUGGGAGUUCCAGCCAUGCCUCUGUCCAGCCCCUGUCUUUGCUACGUAUGUGAAACAUUUAACAUUUAACCAGCACUCCAUUGUCCACCAGAACCCUCUGUGCAACCAGUUGGACUGACUGGGUGGUGCCCUGGGCAUUGCCUGCAAGUGGCCUGUCAUUUCAGGCCUGUCUCUAUCAAGAGUGAAGAGAGAAUGCUAGGAUGCAGUGGGGACAGCAGGCGGCAUCAAGCAGGGGUCCCUGAAAGAUCUACCUCCUCUUUACACCUGCCCCUCUUCCCUACCAUUAUCAUCUGGCAAAUGUCUGUUACCUAUCUUUGGUCUCUCCCUCCCCAUCCUUCCUGCACACUCCAGCCAAAUUGAUUUUUAAAGCAUCAUUUUGCACAAGUCACCACUCUCCUUAAAACCAACUUUCAGGAGCUUUUCUGCACGUAAACCCUCGUUUCAGCCAACCUGGUUUACCCACUCUGAGCAAGCCACAUGGAGAUCAGGCCGCCCCUGCUCACUCCAGCAUCACUCCCAGCUCAUAAUUCUGUGCUGUUCUUGCAUUUUGAAAUGUGCACUUUCUCCUCCCCUCCCUCCCUCUCUCUUUCUAAUUUUUGUGUAACGUGGAGAUGAAGAUCCCCCCUCUCUUCCAAGGGUUAACAGAUAAACAUGAUAAGACCAGGUUCUUUUUUGGAAGUAUGACCAGAGCCUCAUUCCCUCUGUUCAAAUUCUUUCCUUGUUUUAUUAGUUUUUCUUUUUUUUUUUUUGAGACAGAGUCUCACUGUCACCCAGGCUGGAGUGCAGUGGUGCGAUCUUGGCUUGCUGCAACCUCUGCCUCCCGGGUUCAAGUGAUUCUCCUGCCUCAGCCUCCUGAGUAGCUGGGAUUACAGGCAUGCGCCACCACGCCUGGCUAAUUUUUAUAUUUUUAGUAGAGAUGGGGUUGCACCAUGUUGGCCAGGCUGGUCUCGAACUCCUGACCUCCUGGUCUGCCUGCCUUGGCCUCCUGAAGUGUUGGGAUUACAGGCGUGAGCCAUGUGCCCGGCCAGCUUAUUAGAUUUUUUUUUUAAGCUCUCUCAUUCUAUUUAGAUUCUCAAACAGUGUAAAGUUAUAAAAGAUCAUCCCUGGCAAUAUUUUAAUCAGUUAUCUUUUAAUUUAGUUGUUCUUUGUUUUUGUUGUCCUACCUUUUUUUUUCUUUUUUCUUUUUUCUUUUUUUUGAGAUGGAGUCUUGCUUUGUCAUCCAGGCUGUAGUGCAGUGGGGCGAUCUCGGCUUACUGCAAGCUCCACCUCCCAGGUUCAGACCAUUCUCCUGCCUCAGCCUCCCGAGUAGCUGGGACUACAGGCACCCGCCACCACGCCUGGCUAAUUUUUCGUAUUUUUAAUAGAGACGGGGUUUCACCGUGUUAGCCAGGAUGGUCUCGAUGUCCUGACCUCGUGAUCCGCCUGCCUCGGCCUCCCAAAGUGCUAGGAUUACAGUCGUGAGCCACCGCACCUGGCCUUUUUUUUUUCUUUUUAUGGCAGUGGUUUACUUAGAUGUUGUUGAGUAGUACAAAACUCCAACUCUUGCUUUUAUUUGCUAAUCUCAUUGUUUUGUCAGCGUAUAUGUGUUCUCUCUUUUUGUUUGUUUUUUUACUUUGUAGUUCUAAGAUUACUUAGAUAUAAUUAAUCAUAUUUUAAAUAUUUCUAGUAAAUGUAGGUACUUUGGUCUAUUUUUUUUUUUUUUAACUGAGUCUUGCUGUGUUGCCCAGGCUGGAGUGCAGUGGCGCGAUCUCGGCUCACUACAAGCCCCCACCUCCCCGGUUCACGCCAUUCUCCUACCUCAGCCUCCUGAGUAGCUGGAACUACAGGCACCUGCCACCAUGCCCAGCUAAUUUUUUGUAUUUUUAGUAGAGACGGGGUUUCACCGUGUUAGCCAGGAUAGUCUCAAUCUCCUGACCUCGUGAUCUGCCCGCCUUGGCCUCCCAAAGGGCUGGGAAUAUAGGCGUGAGCCACCGCGCCCAGCCUUUUUUUAAUUUCUUCUUCUUCUUAGAGUGACAGCUUUGUCUGCACUCCGUAAGUUUUGACGUGGUGUUUUUUGUUAUGGUAUUAAGAAUUUCCUUUUGCCCAAGUGUUAUUAUUUAAAAAUAUUUCUAAGAGGGCCGGGCGUGGUGACUCACACCUGUAAUCCCAGCACUUUGGAAGGCCGAGGUGGGUGGAUCACGAGGUCAGGAGUUUAAGACCAGCCUGGCCAACGUGGUGAAAACCCGUCUCUACUAAAAAUACAAAAAUUAGCUGGGCGCGGUGGCGGGUGCCUGUAAUCCCAGCUACACGGGAGGCUGAGGCAAGAGAAUCGCUUGAACCCGGGAGGCGGAGGUUGCAGUGAGCCAAGAUUGUGCCCCUACCCUUCAGCCUGGGUGACAGGGCAAGACUCCGUCUUGGGGAAAACAACAACAACAACAAAAACAAAAAACAGCCGGGAGCGGUGUCUCACGCCUGUAAUCCCAGCACUUUGGGAGGCCGAGACGGGCAGAUCAUGAGGUCAGGAGAUCGAAACCAUCCUGGCUAACACGGUGAAACCCUGUCUCUAUUAAAAAUACAAAAAAUUAGCCGUGCGUGGUGGCUACAGGCAGCCGUGCGCCUGUAGUCCCAGCUACUUGGGAGGCUGAGGCAGCAGAAUGGUGUGAACCCGGGAUGCAGAGCUUGCAGUGAGCCGAGGUGGCGCCACUGCACUCCAGCCUGGGCGAAAGAGCUAGACUCUGUCUCAAAAUAUAUAUAUAUAUAUAUAUAUAUAUAUAUAUAAAAUUUCUAAGUGAUGAAUGCUUAGGGUAUUGCUGCUUAUUUCUUAUUGUACUGUGGUGUCAACAUUUCUAAGUGUCCAUAGGACUUCUUUGGGCCUGAAUAUAUUAUCAGUUUUUAUAAAAGCAUUUGUGUAAUCUCAAAAUGUGUUUUUAUUCUACCAGUUCUAUUUGUUAACUCAAUUUUUUCAUUAUUUUAUUCAAAUCCAUAUUUUCUCUGACUUUCAUUUACUUUAGAGUUCUUAAUCCGGGGGUCCAUGGCCUGCCCAGGAGUCUUUAGCAUGUAGGGGUUUAGGAGUUGCAGACCCCUAGGGAUUGAACAAAGCUGGGUAUGUGCUUGAAGGAAUUUUGCUGGGACAAGGAUCUGUAGUAUUUACUAUAUUUUUAAAUGCCUCUGUGACACCAAAGCAGUUCAGAACACUCAUUUACCUGAUCUAAUCAUAGUUUGAUGUUUGUGUGUUAUAUCUUUAUGUAUUCCUGUUUCACUUUUAAUUUCUGUAUGUGUAUUGUCGCUAUGUUGUGCAGUUUUUCUCAAGUCAUUUUUGAGAAAUAGGGAGGGUAUGAAUUAUCAAUAAAUAAGUAUCAUGUU